AUGGACCACCACCACCACCACCAUCCCCCACCUCCGCCGCCGCUCAUCCGCCACACAACCACCACCCAAAUCCUCAACCACGCGGCGUCGCUGUUCUACUCCCACCUCCUCACCUUUCUGUUCCUCUCAUUCCUCCUCCUCACCUUCCACUCCAACGUCAACAUCGCCGUCAACUACAUCUCUUCUCUCAUCGACACCGACCCUUCUCUGAAAUCUCUCCUCUCCCGCAUUGAUUUGUCCGACUCCCCACGUCUCCACCCCCACCACCACCACCACCACCACCGCCACCGCCGCCGCCGCCCCUUCCUCCAGCUCUCCCGCGUCGGAACCCUCGACGACGAGUUCUUCUCCGGAGGCUCCGAUUUCGACCGCUCCCUCUUCCACCCCUCCUCCAGAAAAUCCACCCCCAAUGCCACUCUCCUAAUUCUCUCACACUUCAAUUCCAAUUGCGAUUUCGAUUUCCCCAAAAUUGUCAAGCCCGGGGUUUUCACUCUUAAGCCCGAAUUCGACAAGAUAAUCUCACUCUCGGAACAAGACGAAAUCAAAUUGGUGGAAACCAGCUUAGAAGACAAUGAAUCAGUCGUGGGUUUGAAUUUCUUGAUUAAGGGCUUCGAAUUAGGGCACCCAGAGGCUACUUCUCUGUUCUUCUUGGUUGGGGUUUUCUCCUUAGCCUAUGCAUAUGCUGUGUUUGCAUUCAUCUUCACUUACACUUGGGUCAGUGGGGUUAUUUUCCUCAAAGUUGUCGACAAUUUGCUAGGAAACUACCGAUCUUUUCUCCGCACGUUUUGGAAAGGUUCGAACAUCGGGCUGAGGAGGCUAUCGGGCUUUAUUCUGCUGAAAUGGGCUGUGAGGGACGCUCUUGCCGAGCUAUUGGGAAUAUACUUCUUGGGUGAAUUCGAUGAUCAACAUGAUCUGUUUAAAGUUUUCUUGAAAAUGAAAUUCAUCCCGUUUUCCAAUUUGUCGCCGUGGAUGAAAGGGCACGAGUGGGAGAGUGCGGGCUUCGUCGCAAUCUGGCUGUUGAGUGAUUUGAUCGUAGGGUUAGUAUUCGCUGUCGGGUCUUGCGUUGCGGUUGUGGAUUCGAGGAGAGGCGGGAGAGAGAUUGUUAGAGAAGGUUACGAUAUGCUGGUUGCUCUGUUUUCCCCUGCUUUCACAAUUAGGUUUCUGGAAGCGCUCGUUUGCGGCUGUGUUGGCAGGUUAAUGUUACGGAGGGCGUUUGGGGACGGUUUUACGAUGUUCUUGCAGUCUUUGAUGGAGGUUUAUUUCAUGGUGGCUUGGCUGAUUUUUUACUUUGCAGCGAGGCAGAAACACGGUGGUUCGCUCGGAAGGACAUUUGGUCGGAGAGAAUUCGAAGGUCUUCUUAAUGUCGCUCGAUGA